GGUACGUUGAAGCAGAGUCCUCUAAAACGGGCUAUUAAGAGAAAGCCCAAACUAAAACCAAGCAUUUGACCUCCGCCUAAAGUCUUUCAAAUAAACCCUAAAUCACUCAUCCACCCGAAAAUGGCUGAAUCAUUGUGAUUUCUUCAACACUUCCAAAGUUUAUCACUCAAAUAACCUCAUUUCCAUUGAUUUCUCUCAGCUUAUCUGAAAAUGGCGAAACUUUCUUGCUCAAAAAUGCAACAUUUACGACCACCUAGGGUUUAUCCUGGGUUUUAUGGGAUCUCGAGUAAAUCCCCUUUAAAUCUCAUCAAACAAUUUUGUUCUACUACUUCUGUUGAUGACUCAUUACCUGAAUCUCUGUCCCCCAUUGAUCCAAUCCAAGAAACAAGCAAUGAAAGUGCAAAAUCUGAAGGUGGUACUUUGGUUGAAGGUGGAACAGAGCACAAACAGAGGACUCCAAGAGGUAAGAAUCGAAACCCAGAAAAAACUGAGGAUAUUAUUGCUAGAAUGAUGGCUAAUAGAGCUUGGACAACUCGUUUACAGAAUUCAAUUCGUAAUUUAGUGCCUCAAUUUGAUCAAUCUCUUGUAUUGAAUGUGUUGGAUAGUUCCCGGAAGACGGAGCACGCGCUCCAGUUCUUCCGGUGGGUCGAACGAUCGGGUUUAUUUAAACAUGAUAGAGAGACCCAUAUGAAAAUUAUUGAGAGAUUAGGCCGAUCAUUGAAGCUCAAUCAUGCCCGGGAAAUCCUAAUGGAUAUGCCGAAAAAGGGUGUUCCAUUUGAUGAAGAUAUGUUUGUUGUGUUGAUUGAGAGUUAUGGUAAGAAUGAGAUUGUUCAGGAGUCUGUAAAAAUAUUUCAGCAGAUGAGGGAGUUGGGUGUGGAGAGGACUGGGAAAUCAUAUGAUGCUUUGUUUAAGGUGAUAUUGCGGCGAGGGAGGUAUAUGAUGGCGAAACGGUACUAUAAUAAGAUGUUGGAGGAGGGGAUUGCACCUGCUAAGCAUACAUUUAAUAUCUUGUUGUGGGGUUUCUUUUUGUGUCAAAAAGCUGAGACUGCGAAUAGGUUUUACGAGGAUAUGAGGAACCGAGGGAUUAUGCCUGAUGUGGUUACGUAUAAUACAAUGAUUAAUGGGUUUUAUCGUUUGAAGAAUAUAGAAGAAGCGGAGAAGUUUUUCGUGGAGAUGAAGGGAAAGAAUAUAGCACCUACUGUUAUAAGCUAUACUACUAUGAUUAAAGGUUAUGUUGCCAUGGGAAAGGUAGAUGAUGCUCUUAGAAUGUUUCAGGAGAUGAAGGAUUUUGGUAUCAGGCCAAAUUCUGUCACAUAUUCAACGCUUUUGCCUGGGCUUUGUGAUGCUAAGAAAACGUCUGAAGCUCAGAUAAUCUUGAGGGAGAUGGUAGAGAGACAUGCUGCUCCCAAGGAUAAUUCGAUCUUCUUAAAGUUGUUGAACUGCCAGUGCGAGUCAGGUAACCUGGAUGCUGCUGUGGAUGUGCUUAAAGCAAUGAUUAGAAUGAGCAUUCCGACUGAGGCUGGACAUUAUGGGAUCUUGAUUGAAAACUCAUGUAAGGCUAAGGCCUAUGAUCAGGCAGUGAAAUUACUAGACAAGCUUAUUGAGAAAGAUAUAGUACUGAGGCCUCAAAGUACCUUCGAUAUGGAGCCAACUUCUUAUAAUGCAAUUAUUGAAUAUCUAUGCAACAAUGGUGACACUAAAAGAGCAGAAACCCUUUUCAGACAGCUGAUGAAAAAAGGUGUCCAGGAUCCUAAAGCUUUCAAUAAUUUGAUCCGUGGGCAUUCUAAAGAGAAGAAUCCUGAAGCUGCAUUUGAAUUGCUGAAUAUCAUGAUCAGGAGAGGGGUCCCAUCAAAAGCAGAUGCCUACAAGUUACUUAUCCAUAGUUUCUUGGAGAAAGGCGAACCAGCUGAUGCCAAAACAGUUCUUGAUAGUAUGAUUGAGAAUGACCACUUGCCUGACUCAGCUGUGUUCAGAGCAGUCAUGGAGGGUCUUUUCAAUGAUGAAAGGGUGCAAACAGCUAGCCGUGUUAUGAAGAUGAUGUUGGAGAAAGGGGUGACGAAUAACAUGGACUUAUCUGCAAAGAUUUUAGAGGCUCUGUUCAUGAGAGGUCAUGUUGAGGAAGCUCUUGGAAGAAUUGAGCUAUUGAUGCACAGUGGUUGUGCACCAGAUAUCGAUAAUCUUUUAUCAGUUCUGAGUGAUAAGGGAAAGACAAUAGCUGCUCUGAAACUUCUAGAUUUUGCUUUGGAGAGAGAUUUUACAUUGGACUUUUCGAGCUAUGACAAGGUGCUAGAUGCCCUUAUAGGUGCUGGUAAGACACUAAACGCAUACUCAAUAUUGUGCAAAAUAUCGCUAAAGGGCGGUGUGACUGAUAAGAGCAGCUACGAGAGUCUAAUCAAAACCCUGAAUGAGGAGGGAAACUCGAAGCAAGCUGAUGUUUUAUCAAGAAUGCUGAAUGGUGAUGUAGGUGAUAGUACUAAGAAAGGAAAGAAGCAAAAGUUAGUAGCAUCUUAAUUUUCCUAAUUUUUUUAAACUUUCUUUUUUCCUGUUGGUAGAAUUAAAGAUGGAUUUUGAUCUCCCUCUUCAUUAUCAGGGUUAAAUAAUACUGGAGGAGACCUGUUGUGUAUUUUAUACUUAUCAGUUUUGUUGUUCUUGUAGACAAUUAUUGAAAUUUGGAAAUUGAAUUCAGGAUCUUAUUUUGCUGUUA